AUGGGGUUUAAAAAGAGGUUGCACAGAAUUACAAAAAGAAGAAUCUCACAGCAUUCAGAAGAGAAGGGAAGCAUCCAUAAUUUGAUAACUGCAUUCGAGUGUGUGAGUAGAGUGCUGCUAAAUCUAGCACCAUUCGAAUUCAGUGCUCGAAUUUGGAUGAACUACGAUGAAGAUUGGAUGAACGUGGAAAUGGAUGAAACGGAAGACCUUCAAGGAUAUUAA